AUGCGACGAUUGUCAUUACAACGCGACUUCUUAUUGAUCAGCGUAUUGUUGAAGUUUAAAAUAUCAGUAUCUAACAUGAAAGAUAACAUGACGAGAUAUUAUUCAACAUUUUUUUUAUGUGGCAAUAAAACUGAAUGCUAUGCUCAUAAAUUAAAACGUUUGCUUCUCUUUGCUUGUCGCUCUUCACUUCUAAAAAUAAAUGCUUCAACAUUAAUAAAUGUUUGA